UUGACCAAGAUUAUGACGAGAAGAAUUUGUUGGUGAAACUUUUUAAUCAAGUUACUGGAUCGGAUUUGAAGUUCAGUGAGGAAAUCGAUGUUGCUGAUAAGCUACGAAUAAAAUUGCAUGGAAAUAGGUACCUCAUUGUGUUAGAUGACGUGUGGGAUGUUGACACAUGGGAUGAUUUAACAAGACCUUUCCCUGAAGUUAAGAAAGGAAGUAGAAUUAUUUUGACGACUUGGCAAAAGGAAGUGGCUUUUCAUGGAAGGGGCAACACUGAUCCUCUUAACCUUCGAUUGCUAAGACCUGAAGAAAGUUGGGAGUUAUUAGAGAAAAGGGAAUUUGGAGAACAGAGUUGCCCCGAUGAACUGUUGGAUGUUGGUAAAGAAAUCGCCCAAAAUUGUAAAGGACUUCCUUUGGUGGCUGAUCUGAUUGCUGGAGUCAUUGCAAGGAGGGAAAAGACAAAGUCUGUGUGGCUUGAAGUUCGAAAUAAUUUGAAUUCCUUUAUUUUGAACAGUGAAGUUGAUGUGAUGAAGGUUAUAGAAUUAAGUUACGACCAUUUACCUCUACAAUUGAAGCUAUGCUAUCUCUACAUUGUAAGGUUUUCGAAGGACACAAGAAUCCAAAUACAUGCGUUGAAAAGCUAUUGGUGUGUUGAAGGUCUUGUUGAACAGACAGAGAUGAUGAGUGUGGAAGAAGCAAUGGAAAUUUAUUUGGAUAAUUUAAUUUCCAGUAGCUUGGUAAUUGCUUUCAAUGAGAUAGGUGUUGACCCGAUUUGCCAACUAUAUGAUCUUGUGCAUGACUUUUGUUUGAUAAAAGCAAGACGGGAAAAGUUUUUUGGCCAGAUAAGUUCAAGUGAUCCAUCUUCAUCUUCAUAUUUGAUGCCACGCAUAGUGACCAUUGUUUAUGAUAAGGAGCACUUUGGACCUAACAAUUUCAUCCUGUUCAGUACAAAAACAAAAAGGCAUUCUGGUAAACACCUAUAUUCUUUGCGGAUAACUGGAGACAAGAUGGAAGAUCAUCUUUCUGAUGGAUGUCAUCUAAGAGACUUGAGGAUUCUUAGAGUGUUGUUCCUGCAUCCCUCUUUUAUGAUGGUUAAAGAUUCUUUGCUGAGUGAAAUAUGCAUGUUGAAUCAUUUAAGGUGCUUAGGCAUUGGGACAGAAGUUAAAUCUCUGCCUUCAUCUUUCUCAAACCUCAGGAAUCUAGAAACCCUGGUGGUUUCAAACGAAGGAUCAACUUGGGUACUAUUACCAAGUAUUUGGGAUCUUGUAAACUUGCGAGUGCUGAAAGUGACUGCUUGUUCUUUCUUUGACUUGGAUAUACAUGAACCAAUACCGAUAACAGAGGACACAAA